AUGGGACGGCGGCGAAUGCUUGGCGCGUGCACGCCAAUCCCCACCUGGCGUGCGGUUUGGCGUGCGCCAGGGGGGGUGGCAUGCGUUUAUCAAGCCCCCAAUCGCGCAGCACAAGCUCAACAACCUUCAAUUGGAGGGAACCAAGAAGGACCAGCGCCUGAGGGGUUACACGGCCCUAUCACCCCGAGCGAUAAUCCUGUAGCCGAUUCUCAAGGGAGUCCGAUCGCUGGGAGCUCGCGAUUUGCACAAGUGCAAGAGGUCAAUUCCCUUGCAACCGCUGCACCUUCCCCCUCGCCCCGCAAACGAGGCAAAAUGGCCUCACAAGACAAUCAAAAAUAA